AUCAGGAAUGUGGAAACAAGCCGAUUGAGAGUGGGAGAGAGAGCGAGCGAGAGGGAAAAAGACUGAAAGGAAAUAGGUAAAAGAAAAAACGCGAAGAAAACCUCAUGGAUUUUUUACUUAGAAGAGGAAGUCAUAUCACCAUAAAUCCAGAAAUUCAAUCAAGCAAAUUCUCUACGUCGACACUUUUGAUAUCUUGGUCCCAUAUAAACCAAAUUGGUUGGAAAUUUCUGUGAAAGCUAGAUUCUAAUAGAAAUCAUAGUUGUAAUAUUGAGUUUCUUGAAUUAGAUACAUGGCGAGGCUCUGAGUGUGAUGUGCUAGUCGUCGUCGUCGCCACCGUCAAGGGCCCUUUUCUUCGGCUCUCCUGACGUCAAAAGGUUUCUGUGAGCUUCGGGCGAUCACGACUCCUGACCAGCCUAAAAACUGGAAAAUUUGGCAGAAAUGUUCGAUGUGCAGACUUAAAGGUCAAUUUGCCCUGAUGCUGGACUAGAUACAGCUGUUUAUUGGGUGAAUUGUGCUCCGCGAUUCGCAUUGACCGGUAGUUAAAGAGCGAAGUCCUGUCUUAGCAGAGAGGGAUUAUGAUUUCUUCAUAGCGGUGCAUUUUUAUCGCUUCUAUAUUUUGUGUGCUUACGAAGUUGUUACGAGCUCUAUUUGCGAGGCGCUCACCGCAAUCUUCAGUACUUGUUGAAAACACUGUCUGGAUUAUCAUCGCCGUGAUCGGCAUAUCGAAUCUUUGUGUUGGCCAUUGGUUUAGGAACUCUUUUCCAUAGGGUUUUUCAGAAAUAGAAGACACUGUGCAAUUGGAAUUUGGGACGAAGGUAAUUUGUAGUGUAUUCCCAGGGAUUUGUAGGUUGUGAAGGAAAGGUUAGGGAGAGAGACAUGGCAGUGCUUGAAGGGAAAGUGGCACUUAUAACAGGGGCGUCGUCGGGUUUGGGCCGGGAGUUUGCAUUGUCGCUGUCUAAAAACGGUGCCAAUGUGAUUCUAGCCGCCCGGCGAAAGAACUUGCUGGAUUCGCUUUGUGAUGAGAUCAACGCACUUGCGAACCAAAGCGAAGGGAAAGGGCCAAGGUCAGGGAAAGCGGUAGCGAUAGAGUUGGAUGUGAGUGCCAGUGAGCCCGUUAUUGAUGCUGCAGUGGAAAAAGCGUGGGCAGCGUUAGGGUAUAUCGAUGUUCUCGUCAACAAUGCCGGAUUGAGAGGUCCUGUCAGAACCCCCAUAGAUCAAGAAGAGCAUGAAUGGAAUGCCAUCUUCAACACCAAUUUGCGCGGCACGUGGCUCAUGUCCAAGGCUGUAUCGAAGCGAUUAGUGGCAGCGAAGAGAGGAGGCUCCAUUAUUAACAUUUCAUCAAUUGGGGGCAUUGAACGGGGCUUGUUGCCCGGUGGCUUAGCAUACUCCACGUCCAAAGCCGCCGUAAUACAUCUCUCCAAGAUUAUGGCAAUGGAGCUUGGGCAUCACAACAUCCGCACGAACGCCAUAGCUGCAGGAUUGUUCAAGUCGGAGAUCACAAACGACCUGUUCCAGAAAGAGUGGCUGCACAAGGUUGCUACGAAGAUCGUGCCUGCUGGAAAAUGGGGAGCUGUUGAUCCGGACUUGACGUCACUUGUGAUCUUGCUUGCUAGUGACGACUCCCAGUACAUCACCGGCAACACGUUCAUUGUGGAUGGCGGCCAGAGCCUACCCGGCUUGCCCAUUUGGUCAUCUCUGUAAGUGAACCUUCCUGCAUAGCUCUUGUUUCUUUGAGUGCAUAGCUCUUGCCAUUCUUGCAUUCAAAGAGCUCUGCUGCAUCCAGCUGCUAUGCUUCUGUACGUUUGUUGAAAACCUGCCAACGUUAUUCUGUGGAGAAAACUUCACGUUUUCUCCACCCCAAGUUGAUGCUUCUUAGGAUGGUUGUUUCGGCACAACCACCAGUGAACUGGCAAUAGAUGAACUCAUUGCAAUCUAAUGUGUAUGUGGUAGCACUGUAAUUUUUCUUCAAAGAAUAAACGAGAACGAAAAACUAAGAAAAAGAAAAUACCAUAGUUUUAGGGUUGUACAUAUUUAAUAAGCUAACAAAAUAUUUUUAGAAACUGGAGGAGUUGUGGUGGGGGGGGGGGGGACACGUUUGGAUUGCACUGAGUUUUAAACAUGUUGGAAAUCGUGUAUUUUGGAUCGUGCAUGACAUUCCUAGAGAUAGGUCUAAUGUGGAAUACUUUUUGGUAAACUAUGCAAUAAUUUUCUCAACUUAGUAGGAAAAAAGCUGCCUUGUAAAGUAUUACAUUUUAUUCUAUAUCAUGUCGUGUAUAAGUGAUGCAACACAUUUCAAAACUUGAUUUAUUUUA